AUGAUUUCAGAAGCAGGACUCUCAGGUUCAAAGCCCAAGAAGACCUCAAUGGAACGGAAUUUGAAGCUUACAAGCAUAGAGUUUGAUGAGAUUGUGAAGGAGAACACUGGUGAGAGCAUCCUGGAAGACAGAAGUCUCUUUCAAAGAUUAAUUGGAAAGCUUUUGUACUUGACAAUCACAAGACCUGAUAUUGCAUAUGCUGUGCAGAGCCUAAGCCAGUUUAUGCAUGCUCCAAAGAAGUCUCAUUAUGAGGCUGCAUUACAUGUUGUGAAAUAUAUUAAAGAUCAACCAGGACUAGGACUUCUAAUGUCGAGCAAUAGUACAGAAAGAGUUCAAGGUUUUUGUGACUCAGAUUGGGGAGCAUGUCCCAUGUCCAGGAAAUCAGUAACAGGAUUCUGUGUCAAACUAGGGAAUUCUCUCAUUUCAUGGAAAGCAAAGAAGCAGUCCACCAUCUCAAGGAGCUCAGCUGAGGCUGAGUACAGAAGUAUGGCUCAUACAGUGGUAGAGUUGACAUGGUUAAGGGGUCUGCUAAAGGAACUAACAAUUGAUGUUACAGAGCCUAUGGAGUUGUUUUGUGACAACAAAGCUGCCUUGCAGAUUGCUGCAAACCCGUUUAUCACGAAAGAACUAAACAUAUAG